GCUUACUUCACGGUCCCAGCGCGGAGCUGUCAAUAAAGCUCUGCAUAUAAAACAACGCCGUCGCGGUCAUGGCGGCCCCCGUGGUGGACGGCUGGUUUCCAGCGUUAGCUCUGGGAGUGUCUUUACUGAAAUGUCUCUUCAUCAACGCAUAUCACUCCACAGACUUCGAGGUGCACAGGAACUGGUUGGCCAUCACACACAGUCUGCCGGUGUCCAGGUGGUACCAUGAGAACACGUCGGAGUGGACGCUGGACUACCCUCCACUGUUCGCCUGGUUCGAGUUCGGCCUGUCCCACGUGGCUCAGCACUUUGAUCGCAAUAUGCUGGUGGUGGAGAAUCUGAACUAUGACAGCCCGAUGACGGUCCUCUUCCAGAGGCUUUCGGUCAUUUUCACUGAUGUGGUUUUCAUCUUCGCUGUGAGAGAGUGCUGCAGGUGCGUUCAGAAACAGAAAGGUUCUCGGGAUGUUUUGAACCGGCCGUCUUUCGUCCUGGCUGUUCUGUUGCUCUGGAACUUCGGCCUCCUCAUCGUCGACCAUAUUCAUUUUCAGUAUAACGGCUUCUUGUUCGGUUUCCUGCUGCUGUCGGUGGCGAAACACCUGCAGUCUCAACACUUGCAGGGGGCCCUACUGUUCGCCGUCCUGCUCAACCUGAAGCACAUUUACCUCUACGUGGCUCCGGCCUACGGCAUCUACCUGCUGAGGAGUUACUGCUUCACUCAGGACAACAAAGAUGGUUCUAUCAGCUGGAGAAGUUUCAGUCCGCUCCGUCUGAUCGCUCUGGGCAGCAUUGUGACCUCAGUCUGCGCUCUUUCCUUCGGCCCCUUCAUUGCCAUGGGUCAGCUCCCUCAGGUCCUCUCCCGUCUCUUCCCCUUUAAGCGGGGCCUCUGUCAUGCAUACUGGGCCCCGAACAUCUGGGCGCUCUACAACAUGUUGGACAAAAGCCUGGCGAUUCUUGGUGUUCGUCUGAAGCUGCUGGAGGAGGCGGGGCUUCCUCGAGCCUCCAUGACUGGCGGAUUGGUUCAGGAGUUUCAGCACUCGGUCCUCCCCUCCGUCUCUCCCUCCAUCACACUCAUCUGCACUCUGCUGUCCAUCCUGCCGGCAGUGGCGUCUAUCUGGCGUCGUCCUCGCGGUGCUCGGGGUUUCCUGCGCUGCCUGCUGCUCUGCGCUCUCGCCUCAUUCAUGUUCGGCUGGCACGUCCACGAGAAGGCCAUCCUCAUUGCCAUCCUGCCGCUCAGCAUCCUGGCAGUUGAGAGCAGAGAGGAUGCUGGGAUCUUCCUGGUUCUGAGCACCACGGGUCAUUACUCCCUGUUCCCGCUGAUUUUCACCCCUGCAGAACUGCCCAUCAAAGUGGGUCUAAUGCUGAUGUUUGUGAUCUACUCUUUCACUGCUCUGAGGAAACUUCACAGUGGCCAGGGUACUCUGCUUCAUCCUCUGGAGUCUGUCUACCUGCUGGGACUGGUUGUCGUGGCGAUCGCCUGUGAGAUCAUCUUCCCUCUGUCGCCGUGGCAACAGAAGCUGCCCUUCCUCCCCCUGCUGUUGACCUCGGUGUACUGCUCCGUGGGCGUCUGUUACUCCUUCCUGCGUCUGUACGUGAGCCUCCUGAGGCAGGAGGAGAAACCCAAACAGCUGUGAGACGCCGUCCUGGUCCCAGGAGAGGCCACAGGUUAGAUCCCACAACACACCUGUAACCCUGCUGCACACUGAGCCACACACCCAGACUCUGAUUGCUUACCGUGCAUUGACAGGACAGAGCGUUGGUGAUGUUGUGUGCCUCCAUUUUAGCUUCUUCUUCUGGAAUAUUGAGCAAACACAUAGACCACAUGACCUCACACCACGAGAACUUUGGUUGUUACAUCCGUCGUCUGAUCGCUCCGUGUUGAGUCUGUACAAAAAACUGCUGACAGAAACAGUUUUCAACACUAUGAACAGUGCAUAAGCAUACAACUUAAAGUCAGCAAUACGUCAACAUACAGCCUGCAGAGCCGCUUUUAAUGUUGAAUUCUUCAGAAGUGUUCUGUUCAAAUGGGAACGGACAACUGUUUCGCUGUUUCCAAGAAGUUUGUUGGAUUCUUUCCUCCGAGCCGCGAAGCUCUGCGACAGAACGACUGACACCACUUUGGGAAUAAGAGAGAAG